AUGUUUACAUUCAUUGCGCGCUCAUUAAACAUUUCCAUGUGGUUUCCAUUGAUCCUAUUGAUUAUCCCGACUAUCCUAAGCUUUUGGACAAGCAAACGAAGGAAACGGAUGUAUGGAGAGAUAAGAGAAUUUGAAAGACAAGUAAAGAAAGCACUAAGUGAAUUUACAAAGCAUGACUGUAGUUACUUUAUCGUCUGGUCUUUUGAAAAAAUGCAAUUGGAUAAAGCACCUUGUAAACACCUACAGCUAUGCUUUAUGAUUCGCGUCAUACAGCUUGAUCCUGAAAUGGGAUUGCAGUACAGUAGUAGUAGUAAUAGUAAUAGUUGUCAGUCAAAUGAAGAAUUACCCACCUACAAUACUGCUAUCCUUUAUCCUUCAUCUACUUUUCAACCACCACCUGAUUAUGCCGAUAUUGCCCAAUUAGAUCCUGCUCACGUUCAUUAA